GAAAAACACCACUUCCCAUAGUUCUCCGGAGCUUUUUGCCCGUCGCUCCAAUGACGAAACAUACGGGCCGAGCGUUGCAUAUUGCCCCUUCGUUGUACAUCGGAUUUUAGAUUAUGGUUUAGGCAAUUAUACUUCACUCUGUAUGCGAAGUCAUCUGGGACGCGUAUGUUACCUAGUUGCUUCUGCUCGCUGCCAUGUCAUUUUCGGUAUUCAACGUAGUUUAAGUUUAUGCAGCGCGUUAAUCAGGGGCUAAACGGAUAUCAGCAGUAGUUGCAGAUUCUCGAUCCCUGACAGAGGACAGUAUGGUGUACUCUUUGGCAAUCAAAGCCGCGUACUUUCAGUUUCAGCAGGCUCGGGCAGCCCGGUGCGCCCUGCGGCUGUUUAAUCGCGUCCAGCGAAGCGCAGCCGGAGCUCCGGCUCCUUCGCUCAACUUGGCGGGACCCUGCUGCGGCCCUACCUGUCAGUUCGAACGGGGAUUUUCCCUCGACGUUGGGUUAAGGAGUAAAGCUAAGGAUAGUGAGAACAGGAAGGUGACCGUGUCAAGAAGGGGAGGCGACGAUCCGGCGAUCUCGGCUACACAGAAAGUUAAACAAGCAAGCAAAGAUUUCACCUACUUGAUAGUCGUGGUUAUUGGGAUUGGAGUUACAGGAGGCCUUCUGUACAUUGUUUUUAAAGAGUUAUUUUCAUCAUCAAGUCCAAGCAAGAUCUAUGGGAAAGCUUUGGAGAAAUGCAGAGCACAUCCAGAAGUCAUUGGAGUUUUUGGAGAGCCAAUCAAAGGGUACGGAGAAACAACUCGACGAGGCAGAAGGCAGCACGUUAGCCAUGUGGAGUAUAUUAAGGAUGGUCUGAAGCAUAUGCAGCUGAAAUUUUACAUUCAGGGUGCUGAGCCCCGCAUGCAGGGCACGGUGCACACAGAGAUGAAAGAGAAUCCUGAAACUGGGCAGUAUGAAUUUCGCUACAUUUUUGUGGAUGUUGAUACAUAUCCACGGAGAACCAUCAUUGUUGAAGAUAACAGAUAAGAUUAUCCAAAUGAAGAUUGUUUUUGGACCAUCUCAGGCUGCCUCAGGGGGAAUGAAAAUGUUGUACUGAUUCUGAUUUCUUUUUUAUACUCCCCUUGAGGGCAUGGCCAACAGUGGGGUGUUGGAGACAUCACUCCAUUUGAAAAGACCUUUAUGGUCAAGUCUCAUACAUGCAAAGGUGACCAGGAUUGUUGUGGUUUAUAUAUUAUGAGUUGCUCACCUAAUGUCGAAAAGACUGGAUGUUAAUCAGUGUUUUAAAGCUCUGAUUUGUACUGCUAGUAAAGUAAGUUUUGUAACCAAUAAAUUCAAAUGUAUUUUCUUAGUAAA